CCGCCCCCGUCCCUCCCCGCGGCCCCGGGCGCCCCAUCCCCGCCCCGCGGCGGGGCCUGGCGGCGGGCGGUGCCGGCGCAGCGCGGAGCCAUGGCGCCCAAGGGCAAGGCGGGCACCAAGGGCAAGAAGCAGAUCUUGGAGGAGAACCGCGAGACGCUGCGCUUCUACCUCCGCAUCAUCCUCGGGGCCUCGGCCGUGUACGCCGUGGUGAACCUGGUCAUCUUCUACCCCGCCGCCUCCGCGUGGACGUGGCUCGCCUUCGUCUUCAGCUCCGUGGUCUACGGCACCAGCUACCGCUCCAUGAACUCCAUGGCAAAGCCGUCUUUCACAGACGAUGGCAGCCUUGCCGACGGGGGAAUUGACCUGAAUAUGGAGCAGGGGAUGGCAGAGCACCUCAAGGAUGUGAUCCUGCUGACAGCUAUGGUCCAAGUGCUGAGCUGCUUCUCACUCUACGUCUGGUACUUCUGGCUCUUGGCUCCGGGGCGUGCUCUGUACCUCCUGUGGGUGAACAUCCUGGGGCCCUGGUUUACAGCCGAGUCUUCGGCCGCCAGUCAGGAACCAAACGAGAAGAAGCAGCGCCGACAAGAACGCCGCCAGAUGAAGCGCUUUUAGCCCUGGCCGGGGAGAUGGAUUAACCCUGUCUCUCAUCUCCAUGCUGUUAUUUCAUCAGGGAUGCGACAGAAACCAAUCCGAAACCAUCACAGUAUCUAUGUUGCCCUCAGUCAUUGCUGCCAUUCCACGAUGAAGGCUGCAAGAGACUUCCCUUGGUUGGUUUCUUAGUGCCAGUCGAGGCCUUGCUCCUUGUGAUGACAAGGCGGGGGGUUAUGCUGGCAUGUGUAAAUACCUUUCUAAAGCAGUGCUGUAUCGCGUUCAAGGGUGGGGAUUGCAAUGCUGGAGGAAAUAGUAUAUUAAAGAGCAGAGUCUAAUUGGC